AUGAUGGGCCAACUGCUCGGUUCUGUGAAUGGACAGGGAACGGUCGAGAACCCACCUGUUUCAUCCACCCUCUUCGUUAUUCACUUUCUACCGAGAAUGACCCCCAAAGGGAAGAAAGCUAGCGUGCUGGAUGACCCCGCCUUUAAAGACGCGAAGCCGACAGAUAUUGUUAUUCCGAGCGGGGAAAAGCACGGUCGGUUACAAGUCCUUAAUUUUGUGAACCUUGCGCUAGGACCCAGACGGGAUGGGGAGCACGUCCGCGUCGGCAGCAACCUGGAGUCUUGUACCAAGUCAUUGGAAUUUGUGAUCCUGGAUAUACCGGAUCGUUACCGCAACCUUCACAGUGCCGGAGCGAAGAGGAUCAUAUUAGUCGAUACACCGGGGUUCGACGACACUAUGGAGUCUGAUGUCGCGAUUUUGAAACGAAUAUCGAAUUGGUUGGCUAAAUCAUAUCGCCUCGGAAUGACUGUUGGGGGACUGGUUUACAUGCACGACCUCUCCGCCGCCAGAUUCACAGGCUCGGCGAAGAGAAACUUGAAGAUGUUCAAUCAGCUUUGCGGUGGAGACGCGAUAAACAGGGUGAUCCUGACCACAUCCAAGUGGGGGAAAUUUCGCACCGAGGACCUCCCUGAGGCAGCGCAACGGCAGGAGGAGCUGCAAAAAAGUUUCUGGGAUAGGAUGCUGAAGGACGGUGCUCGUUGUGAGCCCUUAAACCCAGCAACCCACGAGGCAGCAUGGAAUGUACUUCAUCUGAUCCUCGACAAUCUCAAUCGAAAAGGUGGUCAGAAGUUGAAGUCACUCCAGAUUCAACGGGAGAUCAUUGACCAGAGGAAAUCUCUUCCCCAAACUGAUGCUGGGCAGGAACUCACCUACACGAUGGGAGAGGUUUUGGAAAUGUGGGAAAGGCAAGAAAUGGAGAGGGAGGAGAUCGAGAGACUGAAGCAAAUGAAGAGAGCCUUCAGAACAUCUUUUGGGGUCAGGGUCAGGCAGAUUUUGAGAGUAUAUCGACCCGACUUGGAUUAG